AAGGCCCGCCUCCCCUGACGAAUAAAGGUCGCCGCCGCCCCCUCGCGUCAGCAGGCGGAGCCAAGCCGCUCGCGAUUCUUGCCGUCGCGGAAAGCCCGAAGGCGGAGCCCCACGGGAGAGGAAGAUGACCCGAAGUUGCUCGGCAGUGGGCUGCAGCACGCGGGACACGGCGGUGAGCCGGGAGCGCGGCGUCUCCUUCCACCAAUUUCCAACUGAUACCGUGCAGCGCUCAAGAUGGAUCAGGGCCGUGAACCGUGUGGACCCCGAGAGCAGAAAGAUUUGGAUUCCGGGACCAAGUGCUUUCCUGUGUUCCAGACAUUUUCAAGAAAGUGACUUUGAGUCGUAUGGCAUAAGAAGAAAGCUGAAAAGAGAAGCCGUACCUUCUGUUUCUCUGUACACGGUUCCUCCAGGCGUACACCUUAAAGGUAAAGCAAGACAAAAAAUCCUAAGAGAACCCCUUCUAGAUAAUUCUGAAGAGGUGGCGACUGAGGACCACAACUAUAGUUUAAGGACACCUUUGACGACAGGUGCGGAGAAACUGGCUGAGGUACAGGAGAUGUUACAAGUGUCCAAAAAGAGACUUUCCUCUGUAAAAAACUACAGGAUGAUCAAGAAGAGGAAGGGCUUGCGAUUAAUCGAUGCACUCGUUGAAGAGAACCUGCUAUCUGAAGAGACAGAGUGUCUGCUACGAGCUCAGUUCUCAGAUUUUAAGUGGGAGUUGUAUAAUUGGAGCAAAACGGAGGAGUACUCCACAGAAAUGAAACAGUUUGCAUGCACGCUCUACUUGUGCGGUAGCAAAGUGUAUGACCAUGUACGAAAGAUCCUUCAGCUUCCUCAUUCUUCGAUCCUCAGAACGUGGUUAUCCAGGUGCCAGCCGGGUCCGGGUUUCGACAGCCGCGUGUUUUCUUCUCUUCAGCGGAAGGUCGAGGGCGGAGACCGGCUGUACCAGUUCUGUGCCCUGGCGAUCAAAAGCGUCCCCCUCCGGCAGCGGCUGCAGUGGGACCCCAGCGGUGACCGCUGGCAAGGGUCCGUGGACUUCGGUCUGGGGAAACUCGACGCCGACGAGACGCCCCUGGCCUCGGAAGCCGUCCUGCUGCUGGCCGUGGGCGUUGCUGGUCACUGGAGCGCCCCCCUCGGGUAUUUUCUCGUGGACCGGGCGUCGGGGUGUCUGCAAGCCCAGCUGCUCCGUCUGACCAUCGGCAAACUGAGCGACGUUGGGAUCACGGUGCUGGCCGUCACUUCCGACGCCACAGCCCAGGGCGUCCAGAUGGCAAAGGCGCUGGGGAUCCAGGUGGCUAGGGACGACAUGAGGUGCACCUUUCAGCACCCUUCCUCAUCCAGCCAGCAGGUCGCCUACUUCUUCGACUCCUGCCACCUGCUGAGGCUGAUCCGAAACGCGCUCGAGAAUCUUCAGAGCAUCCGUUUUGUUUACGGCACCGCAGGCUGGCAGCACCUGGUGGAGCUGGCGGCGCUGGAGGAGCAGGAAUUAUCCAGCUUGGAAAGGGUGCCGAGGAAACUGGCGGGUUUGAAACGUCACGUGCUGAGAACGAAUCGUGCCGCCCAGCUCUUGAGCGAGAACGCAGCCAGAGCGUUGGAAUACCUGCGGUCCUUAGGCCUGCCUCCGUUUCAAAACUGCCUGGGUACCGUCCACUUCUUGCGCUUAAUUAGCAAUCUCUUUGACAUUUUUAAUAGUAGGAACCGUCACGGAAAGGGGCUUAAAGCGCCGCUGUCGCCUCAAACUUACAGUAGGAUAAACCAGGUGUUCAUGGAAGCCAAGGCUAUCUUUGUGACGUUGCGUGACACCAGCAAUAAUAAAAUCCUCAAAGGCAAGCAAAAACUAGGGUUCCUGGGAUUCUUGCUCAACGCCGAGAGCUUGAAAUGGCUCUACCAAAAUUACGUUUCCCAGAAGGUCCUGCCUCUUCCGUACCUUCUGACUUACAAAUUCAGUCAGGAUCACGUGGAACUGUUUGUAAAGAUGCUGAGGCAGGUGGCCGUGACCAGUUCCAGCCCCACCUGCACGGGCUUCCAAAAAGCUUACCAGAACUUGGAGACCAGGUACAGGUUUCACGACGGAGCUUACCUAAGCGAAGUCAGUAUCUUGGACAUUUCGGUCGCGCGGAGGGAAGACUUGGCCCUCUGGACGGUUCGGCGGCAGUAUGGCAUGAGCGCCGAGAAGACCCUCUUCCACAAAGGGGACAUCUGCCAAGACUGGUCCGGUUGUUCGCUCAGCGAGGCCCUGCUGGACCUCCCGGAUCACAGGCGGAAUGUCGCCUGUCACGCCGGUUGUGUCGCAAACGAGCUGUCCACUGUCUUAACCUGCGAGGACUGUGUCACUGCGCUGUACGCGUCCGACCUCGAAACCCCCAAAAUCGGGUCCCUGUUAUGUGUGGAAAAGAAGGACGGCCUGCAUUGCCCUUCAGAAAGCCUCUGCCGCGUGGUGGGCGUUUGUGAGCGAGUCGUGCGGACCCAUUCGAGAACGGCAGCUCUCGAACUAGCUCCUAAGCAGCGGGAGCAUCUGCAGCAGAAAAUACUACAUGAGCUUUCUGGCAACGCUUGUCUUUUUGUGGAUUUAGACGUGCACCUGUUUGAUGCAGAAGCGGGCGCUGUCAACCACUUUGUCAAGUUGCUAAAAGAUAUAAUAAAAUGUUUCUUAAAUAUGAGAGCUAAAGAUGCAGUUCAGUACGCUUCGAAACAUGAUUCAGAAGGAAUUGAGAUGGAAGGUUUAUCCAGGAAACACCGGUCGUCCUUGCAGGAUCACAGAUGUUCGAGUUUUGCUAAUACUAAUAAAUUCAGGCAUUUUGCUAUGUGGUGAUGGAUAUCCAUUCAAACGAGAGACCUAAACAUAUUAACGCUUUUUUUUUUAUUAUUAAGACUGCUUAGUCCACAUUUUUUUUUAAAGUUCAGUUUGCCAUAUUUUAUAAACUGACGAUGCUGUACAGUGGACAAAGUUUGUAAUUCUGACUCUUAAUUAGAAUUUCUAAUUGCGCACAUCCUAAAAUCUGCUCUUACUUUGGUACAUCUUGCAGCAUUUAUGCGUUUCCUAAAAUGUAGAAGGCAGUAAGUCAGUGGGAACUGAUGCUCCAAGAGGUGUUAUCUUUGGACUUACUACUCUAAGACUGAGUAGUGUCACCCGGAUAUACUUUUAACCUUGUUCAGUCUACUUUAAAAACAAGAAUAACGACUAGGAGUCAUGCAAACAGUGACCGCUUUUAUGAACAAGAGUACAGUUCCUAAGAGAGCUUUGGUUUACAAUUCUCACAAAUGUUCACGGGAUACCUGGAAAAGCCUGAAUGUGAUUUUUUCCUUCAAUAUGAAAAUUAAGUUGCGGCUUGAAAAUCAGGCUAAAGCAAAAUAUAUCAAAUCCUGCAAAAAUCUCCUUGUCCCAGGGUACCCUAAAAUAGAAGUAGCUAUACUUUGUCAGGCAGAAGGGAAAGGACAGGAGCCAUGAGAUGAUCUCUGUGCUGCGGUGCAGUCUAAGAAGGACACAGGUGAUGUGAUUUUUCACGAUUCAUCGUCAAAAUAUCACUUUAGAAUAAUACAAGGUAUAAUAUAAUAUAAUACUUACCC